CCGGUGGCACCGGUCGCGGCGGUAACCGGUGCAGUCGCGGGCGGCAUUAUAUAUGAAUGCUUCGGUUGCUGGUUGCUGCCGGUGAGAUCAGAGGAGGUGCAAAAGCUUAUUUUGCCACUCGAUUCUCUCUCCGUCUCGAGUCUCUAUCUGGAUGUUGUAUGCAGAUCUGUGCGUGUAUGGUUAUGGAGUCGAACGAAUAUGAAAGUGUUUGAGUAGAGAAAUACGAGCUGCGGCUGCUGUUGCUGUGGAUGCGAAAAGUUACCGCUUACUGACUGGUUAUAGUUGAUUUGCAGACGAGGAGAACAUCAUUCUCGAAGGUUUGGUUCGUUUCGGGUUAUAGCUUUUGACCAUAAAAACGAAUUGAGGCAGAGUUCUGUUUAUGAUUUUGUGAAGUCAAGUGUGCGGCGAGGAUAGGGUUUCUGAUUUGAAGUUUCUGGUGUUCAUUGUGUUGUCUGCCAUUUGAUAUCGCAGACCUUCGUUUGAUUAGUUGCAAUUUCAUGGACAAGUCAUUCCAAAAGGUCGAACUCCUGAAGCCUUCUGUCCCUGCUGCUUUUUGCCCUCUUUAAACUGCUUGUGCUUUCGAGUCGUGUUAUUCCUGAGAGGGAGUUUAAGUAUGGGCAGAUUACUAUUAAUUUCGACGGGGCCACCAAUAAAACGUAGAGCAGGAUUGCGCAUAAAACAGGCUGGGCGAGGAUCAUACCGGGGCAGCUAGUGAUGGUUGUAGUGUAAUUUGAUUGAGUUAAUUGUUGUACUAGACAGAUUUUACUUCACAUCAUAGAUAAAGAUAUGGGAACUACUGCACUGAGACAUUUGCUGAAAAGUCUCUGUGAUAAUUCACAUUGGACAUAUGCCGUAUUUUGGAAGCUUAAGAACCAGACUGAAAUGAUUUUGACGUGGGAAGACGGGUAUCAUGAUUAUCCAAAGAGAGGAGAAUUCAUCGAAAUUGUCUCUGAUGAACUAUUCAACAAUGGAAAUGAGAUGCAUUCAACAAACUAUGAAAGAAGUGCACGUGACAGAAAUUCCAGUGGAUAUCCUGUUGGACUGACAUUGGCUGAUAUGACAUGCCUUCAGUACACAUUGGGAGAGGGGCUGGUUGGUGGAGUGGCUUAUUCGGGAAGCCAUUGUUGGGUUUUAUAUGACGGUACAUUUUCUGAAGAAUUCAGCUCCAAGUUCUUUUCGAAGUAUCCCAAUGAAUGGCUACUUCAGUUUGCUGCGGGUAUUAAGACUAUUUUGCUGGUACCUGUUGUUCCACAUGGAGUUGUGCAGCUUGGCUCAUUAGAAAUGGUUGCUGAAGAUCUGGCUCUGGUUGGUUAUAUCAAGGAAAGUUUCAAUGCCAUCCAAGCUCAGCCUCCAUCAUCACAAAUGUCUGUUAUGGUAGGAAGCCUAGAUAAGCUUUCAGAUACCACUACUAGCUUAUUGAAUGGAAUGCAAUGUGAAGACAUGAAGGUUGCUGAUGGUAUCAAACAAACAGCUAAUGAAUUUUCAACUAAAAAUCUAGUUGCCCCGCUGUUCAUACGACAAGAUGUACAAUCUGAAAAUGCACCAGAAAUUAUUGGAAGUCCUAGAAAAAAUAAUUUUGAUGUGUUAUCAGUGAGUUUUACUGAAGUUUCAACUCUUCUAAAUCAAUUCAUUAAUGCUUCAGAGUCUGAGGUGAUGGGAAGUAGCAUGUUCAAAUUGUCUUGUCUCGAAGAAGAAUUCCAUGCAUUUUCUGAAUGUAGCAACUACAACUUGGCAAUGUUUGGGGAGUCCUCUACUGAAAAUUUGAAUUUUUAUUAUGGUGGAGAUAUGAUGGAAGAAUCAUAUGGAAGCAAGGUUGCUGGUGAGGCCUGCUAUAGAAAAGUGAGCAAUUCUUUCAACUUUCCCACAUAUUGUGAGCUUCACAAAGCACUUGAACCAGCAUUCCAUAGACAGAUCAAUGGAUACUUGCAGGAAUCAUUGGUAUUUGGUGAGGAUGCAUGCAGUAGCUCAAGUUUGAUCAACAAUAAAGAUCUUGAUAAGGGCAUAAAACCAUUAGCCUUGGAAUCAAGCGAAUGGUUUACUGAAAGGGGUGAUGGCAAACAUCUAUUGGAAGCUGUUGUUGCCAAUAUAAAUGGUGGUUCAGAUGGUGCUACAUCUAAUAGAGUGAAUAAAAUUUGGCCUUCUACUAGCUUGUUGGGUCAAUUUGCUAAUUCCCAGCCCAACAGUCAAUCUGAAGGAGGUUCAUUGAUGGGAGAUGAUUAUGUUCCAGAGAGUCAAGUCACAUCGGCAUUUGUUGCCAGUGGUAGAAAUCCUUCUUCUAAUUCUUCAAUUUCGGCCUCUUCAUUUAAGAGUAUGGUGAGCACAUUGAUUGAUGAAGAGCCACAAAAGAAGAGGCAUGGGCUUGCGCAGUCUAAGAAGUUGUAUAAUGUCAAAAAAAUAAAGGCCAAAACUGGUGCUAGCCACAAGCCAAGACCAAGGGAUAGACAAAUGAUCCAAGAUCGGGUCAAGGAGCUAAGGGAGCUAGUCCCUAAUGGUGCAAAGUGUAGCAUUGACUGUUUGUUAGAUCAAACUAUAAAGCACAUGAUGUUUUUAAGAAGUGUUACCGUCCAGGCUGAGAAAUUGAGGCAAUGGACGUCUGAAGAGACAGCCAGUCAGAAAUGGAAAUCUUCUGCAGUUGGGGAUGGAUGCAAGAAUGGAACGAGCUGGGCAUUUGAACUGGGAAGUGACUUUGAAGCGUGCCCUAUAGUUGUUGAAGAUCUCAAAUACCCUGGGUACUUGCUUAUAGAGAUGCUUUGCAACGAGCAUGGACUUUUCCUAGAGAUUGCCCAAGUGAUCCGCAGUUUACAGUUAACUAUUCUGAAAGGCGUGAUGGAAAGUCGACUUAACAACAAGUGGGCCCAUUUCAUUGUUGAGGUUUCCCGAGGCUUUCAUAGAAUGGACGUCUUCUGGCCUUUGAUGAGCCUUCUGCAGCGGAAGCCAAAAUCCAUCUCUAGCAAAAUGUAAAUGCAUUUACUCUGUAUAUGAAUGCAAAGGCUCUGGGAAUGGAGCAUUCAGUAUUACAUUCUGUACUUUAUAUGUACAUAGGAGUGCUGCAAGUAUUGUACUAAUUAGAAGGGUUUAUUUUUCUUAUUA